CGGACGGGUCCAUGUGAGAGAGAAAAUGGUCAACCAAGACAAUACAAAGAUCGGUGUUGGCGCGGUUGCGGUGUUCGGUACUGCACUUUUGGCUUACUUGUUGUACAAACAGUGGAAGAAGAGAAAAGAUGAAGAAUCAAAUGGUGGAAAUGGUGACACAGUUGGAGGUGAUUAUCCAGUGGUUCGUAAGAGGACAUCCAAUAGGGGGCGUAAUGGAAGAUUUGUAUCUGACCCUGGGAGGAUGUUUUCCUCCACAGACCGAGUCAUGCCCGUUCCCUCGGGAGCCACUGACAACAUGGAGGGCAUCUUCAAGAGACAUUCAACAGGGGCCAGGAUAUCUCAGAUUCCAAAACCAGCUAACAGUGGCUCCAAAGUAAAUGAGGCAAAAAGACAAGUCAAGAGUUCAGAUAGGGAAAAUGUUGUAUCACCCAAACUCACGGAGCCAGACAUUAUCCCAUCCAUCGAGAAACAAACCCAGAAAGAACCACCAAAACAGGAAGUAAAAGAUGAACGUUAUGAAGAUGCCAGGGAAAAGAAGAAAAACAGUAAAAGGAAAGCUGAAGAACAAGCAGGUUCAGUGUCGGAUGUUUCAACACCUGAAUUGUCAUCAUCACCAUCAAAAAGUAAAAAAAUACCAGUCAAGAUGCCAGCUGCUUCUACCAAAGAACCUACACAGCAACCAGUUAAACCUACUGUGGUGGAGGCCAGCCAGGGCACAGAACAGUCAUUACCAUCUCAGUCUGGAGAGGCUGGAGCCAACGAGGGAGGAGCAGGUGAAGCUAUGGCUGUACCAGUUGAUCCUCAACUGGAAGAUCAAUCUGUGAUGUUGACCGGGGACUCCGAAGGCAGUGAUAUUGGAGCAGGUGAUACCUUAGCAGAGGACUAUCAGUUUGUGAGCAAGACUGGGAUUACACUAUCUCCAUCUUCAUCAGCUGAUUCUUCUCCUGCCAAGUCGCCACUUAAAACUGAUAAGAAACAAGACAAUGUUAGUGAAAAAGCUGAGGCAAAACCUACAGAAGCUUCCAGUCAAGCGUCUGAAAAGUCAAAGAGUUCAGAAUCUACCAGUACCAAGCAGACAUCAUCAGAGUCUAUGGAGGGUGAACUUGAUUCUGAGAUGAUCACCAGAGCCAUUCUACAAGUACAGAAGACACCCAGCACUGUGGACAAGAAGGUCAUCAAGGUUCUGGUGGAUCUCCUGAAAGUCCCGGAGCAGAAGUUGCUGCUGACUGGACUGGAAUCAAUUGUUAGAUGUGCAGCUUUCUCAGCUAAUCAGAAAGCCCUGCGGGAGAACAGGUGCCCUGAAGAAUUGUUGCGACUUCUCCAGGUGCAUAGUAAAGCUGUCGUUGGUGGGACUGCGAUCACUGAGAGCAUUCUGGUGGCCACUAACAACGCUAUCAUGAACCUAUCAAUGGAUGUGGCCAAUCAAGCGAAGUUAGAGGUGUGUAUUCCGAUACUCGUUGACCUGGUGAUGCAUGAAGGGAUGUCGUCCAACGUGAAGCUAUCUUCCCUACAACCACUGACCAACCUGUCCACCACGUCCACCUACCACGGCCAGUACACGCGUGCAGUACAGCAGCUGUACGAUCUCCUCGAUGUCGGCAACAGGGUGGUCCGAAUCCAGGCAAUCAAGCUGCUUGUCAACCUCUCCUGUAACUCAGAGAUGGUCAAACAUCUGCUUGCCGCCAAGGCACCUACAUGUAUGAUGUCACUCCUGGAAAAGACAGCCGAUCCCAACAUGUCUCUGCGAUUAAUCACGCUGCUGGCCAAUAUAGUUUCAACCGCACAGAAAGAAGACGUCACAUCCUCGUCCCUACCCCCUGACGACAAAGCAGCAUCCCCGGAAACUAUGUACUCUGCCAUAUUUGGUGUGAACAAUCUGAGUCAGAUUAGGAGCAAGGUGUACCCCCUGACGAGGCACGACUCUGAGGACAUCUCCCAGCAAGCAGCUAGGCUGUAUAAAAGUCUCCCCAGCUGUUGAUCGAUGAAAAAACGUCUGUGUGUUUAAUGCACACGCCUCACUGUCUACUCAGCUGUAUGUUUUGGGGAAAAGUGUGCAGUAUUCACAUUAAAAUAUGACAGUCAAAAUGAAAUUACGACAUGCCGGUUACUGUGUUAUUUCAAUCAUGAUAUCUUGGGGACAUGGCACACAAUAGCCAUUAACAAAAGUGUGACAUUGAGACUGUGUGAAAAGGUUUUCUCAAAUACCAAUGACACUUAAAAAAGGGAUGCUUGAACAUAUGACUGAUUUGGAAGUGAUGUGGUGUAACAGUCUGAAACUUCAGUCACUAGUCUGAAGCGCAUGUCAAAUAAGAUUUUUUUUGGUUUAGAAAGAUCAUUUAAUUAUAGGCCAUACCGGUAUAUCAGUAAGUAUAUUAUGACUCAAGUCUACUGAAAAUAUUUCGUUUUAUAUUAAGUUUUAUAUCAGUAAGUAUACUAUCGCUCGAGUCUACUGAAACUGUUGCCAAGGGCAAGAAUUUUCACAUAUUUGGGGCACAGAUAUUAGCAUUAUUAAUGGAUAUCAAUAUUUAGAUGAGUGUGAACAGCUGAUACCUUUUUGAUGUAGUGUCUGUUCUCUAAAGUUUUGAACAUUAUAUAUGGUGUUUCAACAAAAGAGGAUUUGUGAAUGAAGUGUUCAAUUUGUCUUUUGCAAAUGAUAGUACAUUCAGGUUUCUCGUCUUUGAGAAGUGUUAACUUGAAAAUAAUAACUACUGUAUAUUGCCAUGUCUAUUUUUUAGUAUGUAGAAACAAGGGGUUUUAAACACGGGAUGAAUUUUGUACUUGGAAGGGUAUCAUGAUACCUAUUUUCACAGCAUUAUCGCAUAAAUUUAGUCACACUUUGAACAUUAAUAUUUCAUAUUUUUUAAUUGUCCAUGAAAAGAUCAACAUUUUUUAUUCUCAAAGAUUAAAAAGUUCCAAUGUCCCAUCUUUGUGCAUGAAAAAAUAAUCAUUUAUAACUCUCAUAA